AACCGGUCAAUAAUAACACGUAAAGCAUCGUCGCCGAUACCAUCUAUCUCUUCCAUCGCAUGCUUCUUCUUCUUCUUCUUCUUCUUCUUCUUCUUCGCUUCACACUUCAACGUUUUCCUCUGCAACUCGAUGACUAGCUCUUCAUCUUCAUCCUCUCGCAAGAAUCUCAGUAAGAUUGCCUGCAAUAGGCUCCAGAAAGAGCUCGUCGAGUGGCAGCGAAACCCUCCCUCUGGUUUCAACCACAAAGUCACCGACAAUCUCCAGAGUUGGGUUAUUGAAGUGACUGGAGCACCUGGGACACUUUAUGCUAAUGAGACCUACAAGCUUCAGGUGGAUUUUCCUGUGCAUUACCCAAUGGAAGCUCCACAGGUCAUAUUUAAGCAUCCUGCUCCAUUGCAUCCUCAUAUCUACAGCAAUGGGCAUAUUUGUUUAGAUAUAUUGUAUGAUUCUUGGUCCCCAGCCAUGACAGUUAGUUCUAUAUGCAUCAGCAUUCUCUCAAUGCUUUCAAGCUCACCGGCAAAGAAAUGCCCUGAAGAUAAUGACCGCUAUGUUAAGAACUGCAGAAAUGGCAGAUCUCCCAAGGAGACAAAGUGGUGGUUCCAUGAUGAUAAAGUGUAAUAACUUGUAUUAAGUUCACAAAUUUAGAAUAUAGGAUUAUCCUUUCUAAAGGGAAAAUGAAGAAGCGGGGAAAUGCAUUUUAAGAAUUUAGGAUCCCUGUAACGUGUAAACACAUAAUAACACUCUUGUAAAUUGGAAUCACCCCUCAUAAUGUGAGGAAGCAAACUCAAUACUUUGUUUACCCCAUAACUGAUAACUGGUCCUUUUUAGUACUUCUCUUUCUUAUUGUUUAA